AGAGCUCACUCAUUACAAAACAACAGAAGCAGCAAAACAUCUCUCUCUCUUUAUCUCUCUGUCUCUCUGUCUCUCUCUCUCUCUCUCUUUCUGCAGUAGGGGUUGGUGUAUUAUUGCGGUGGGGGUUGGAUCAGUGUAAAGUGCAUGUUUCAGCAGGCUGGAGCUCACACACUAUUGUCUCUUUGAUGGCAUUAUAUACGGUGUGUAUAUAUGUGUGUGUGUGUGUGUGUGUGUGUGUGUGUGUGUGUGUGUGUCUCCCUGCAGUAGAGCUGCUGAUGUUGCCGUUGUGAGGAUUUCCUGGUUCCUCCGUCCUGCAGGAAUAUGACUUUUUGAUCAGGGAUGAUAUGCCGGACUCAAAUCCAAAACGGACACUUAUGGCUCUGGAUUUAAUCAUCACAGAAAGCGUUUGCUCCAUGUGGGAAUAACUUGCCCAUCGAGGGGUGUUUUUUUUUUUUGUUGAGAGGCAGCCAUGCGGUCGGAGCGCAUUAGUCGCGUGUGUAUCGUGGUGCUCGAAGAGGUGGAUGAUGACGAAUCUGCCCCUCUGCAUUCCAAAACCACACAGGACCACAUUACCCAGAAUUCCUCUCAGGAUGAGAAGUCUUCUCUGAUUAAAGCCAUAUUUAACACCGACUUGGAUGAAGUCCGGUCCCUCAUAUUCAAGAAAGAAGAUGUCAACGUACAGGACAGCGAGAAGAGGACGCCGCUUCACGCUGCUGCAUACCUGGGUGAUGCUGAGAUAUUAGAGCUGCUCAUUCUGUCAGGGGCGAGAGUAAAUGCUAAAGAUAAUAAAUGGCUCACUCCCCUUCAUCGGGCCGUGGCAUCCUGUAGUGAGGAGGCCGUACGGGUGUUGUUAAAGCAUUCUGCAGACGUCAAUGCACGAGACAAAAACUGGCAGACGCCGCUGCAUGUGGCCGCAGCCAAUAAGGCGCUGCGCUGCUCUGAAGUGUUGGUCCCAUUGAUAAGCAACGUUAAUGUGUCGGACAGGGCUGGACGGACAGCACUGCAUCACGCUGCCUUCAGCGGACACACAGAGAUGGUUCAACUCCUGCUGUCUAAUGGUGCAAACAUCAAUGCCUUUGAUAAGAAAGACAGACGAGCUGUUCAUUGGGCUGCAUAUAUGGGUCAUCUUGAAGUGAUGAAGUUGUUGGUGUCUCACGGUGCUGAGGUUUGCUGUAAGGAUAAGAAGUCUUACACGCCCCUUCACGCCGCCGCCUCCAGUGGAAUGAUCAAUGUGGUCAAAUACCUGCUGCAUCUGGGUGUGGAUAUCAACCAGACGAAUGCGUAUGGAAACACCCCACUGCACAUGGCCUGUUAUAAUGGACAGGAUGUUGUUGUGAAUGAGCUGAUAGAUGCAGGUGCUGAUGUAAAUCAGAUGAAUGAGAAGGGAUUUUCCCCACUGCACUUCACCGCUGCAUCCCGCCAGGGGGCGCUGUGUCUGGAGCUGCUCACGGCCAGCGGUGCCAAUAUGAACAUUAAGAGUAAAGAUGGUAAAACGCCUCUCCACAUGGCCGCCAUUCAUGGGCGAUACUCCCGAUCUCAGGCUGUCAUUCAGAACGGGGCAGAUAUCAACUGUCAAGACGUGAAGGGUAAUUCUCCACUUCACAUAGCGGCACGAUACGGCCACGAGCUGCUCAUCAACACGCUCCUGGCGAACGGUGCGAACGCGGCCCAGCGGGGCAUCCAUGGCAUGUUUCCACUGCACCUGGCAGCGCUAAGCGGAUUUUCUGACUGCUGUCGCAAACUUCUCACCUCAGGUUUUGACAUCGACACGCCCGAUGACUUUGGCAGGACGUGUUUGCAUGCGGCAGCCGCAGGAGGGAAUCUUGAAUGUUUAAAUCUGUUACUGAACGCCGGUGCAGACUUCAACAGGAAGGACAGCUUUGGGAGGACGGCGCUGCAUUACGCUGCUGUUAACUGUAUGUAUCGGUGUUUGUUUGCUUUGGUCGGUUCGGGUGCGAGCGUGAAUGAGCGAGACAUCAGAGGCUGUGGUCCGCUGCAUUACACUGCUGCUGUGGACUCGCACGGCAAGUGUGUGGAGUAUCUGUUGAGGAAUGAUGCUAAUCCGGGUCUCAGGGAUAAAGACGGAUACAACGUUGUUCACUACGCCUCAGCUUAUGGCCACAGGGUCUGUCUGGAGCUGAUUGCCAAUGAAACGCCAUUAGAAGUGCUGAUGGACAAAUCUGCGUCUGACAUCAUAAAUGAUUCAGACAUCCAGCCUCCCAUCAGCCCUUUACACCUAGCUGCAUAUCACGGACACCACCAUGCUCUUGAUGUUCUGGUCCAGUCUCUGUUGGAUUUAGAUGUCAGGACGCCUCAAGGUCACACACCUCUGGGUCUGGCUGCGUUUAAAGGCCAUGUGGAGUGUGUGAAUAUUCUGGUGAAUCAGGGUUCAUCCACACUGCUGAAGGACUACACACACAAGAGAUGUCCCAUACACUCCGCAGCUAUGAACGGUCACAGUGAAUGUCUGCGUCUGCUCAUCAAUAACACAGAUCAGGAAACAGACGUUGAUAUACGAGACAGCAAGGGACAGACUCCUCUGAUGUUGGCGGUCCUGGGUGGGCACACAGAUUGUGUUUAUCUCCUGCUGAGUAAAGGAGCCAGUGUUGAGGCCAGAGAUAAACGGGGCAGGACGGCUCUCCAUCGCGGGGCGGUAAUGGGACAUGAGGAGUGUGUCGAGGCAUUGUUACGAAACAGAUCCAGUCUGUUGGUUCAGGACAGUAGGGGGCGCUCUCCUCUACACUUGGCAGCUGCGUGCGGACACGUCGGGGUCCUGAGGACCCUCCUGAAAGCAGCACAGUCUCAGAGCAUCAUCCCUGUCACCGAAGACAACUGCUGUUACACACCGCUACAUUGGGCGUGUUACAACGGUCAUGACGCUUGCGUUGAGCUCAUUUUACAACAGGAAGAGUUUCGUCAUAUGGAGGGAAACUCGUUCAGUCCGCUUCACUGCGCUGUUAUUAAUGAUAAUGCGUCCGCAGCAGAUAUGUUGAUAGAAAUUUUAGGUCCAGGUAUUGUAAACGCCCCAGACUGUCAGUCCAGGACUCCGCUGCACGCCGCAGCGUUCACAGAUCACGUUGAGUGUUUACAACUUCUUUUGGGACACAGCGCUCAGGUGAACCCCGUCGAUGCUUUGGGCAAAACUCCUCUCAUGAUGGCAGCUGAAAACGGACAGACCAACGCUGUAGAGCUUCUGGUGAGCGGUGCGAGAGCCGAUCUCACCCUGCAGGACGCAAACCGAAACACAGCCCUGCAUCUGGCCUGCAGUAAGGGUCAUGAAACUAGUGCCUUGUUAAUCCUUGAGAAGAUCAGAGAUAGAAACCUCAUUAACUCUACAAACGCAUCACUGCAGACGCCAUUACACAUCGCUGCUCGGAACGGUCUCACUGUGGUCGUGCAGGAGCUUCUGGCUAAAGGAUCGAGUGUCCUCGCUGUGGAUAAAAACGGUUAUACUCCAGCUUUGGCUUGUGCCCCGAACAGAGAUGUGGCAGAUUGUUUGGCGCUGAUACUCGCCAACAUGAUCCCCGUCUCCCCCAGCAGUACCGGCACCAUGUCAGACCUCACGUUUUCCAGCAUCAACCACUUCUCCAGCUCAUCAAAGACUGCGACCUUUGACUCUUUGCCCACCCUGCGGUCCAAACACGUCUCUUAUCGCAACUUCAACAGCCUGGCCCGCGAAGACGGCCUUCUAGUCCACGAUGAUGAACUCAAUGAUUCAGACUCAGAGACGUAUUGACGACCCGCCCUAGUUUCAUCAUGCAAAUGAUAACGAUAAUAAUUUGGGGUUGUUUGUUCGUGACCCAUGUGGCCGCAGUCUCAGGAGAGAGGUUACACUACAGUUUUUGGGUUGUCCACUGCACCGGACUCAUUUGUUUACUCUCUCAAAAGUGAUGUUUAUAGCAAUAGUUCACCCAUAAUUUAUUCAAACCCGGCAAACUUUUGUGGAGAAACACUGAAGAAUUUAUUUUGCAUACAUGAAGGUCAAUGCCGACUUUGUCCGUUAAAGGAAUAGUUCACCUAAAAAUGCAAAGUAGCCCAUAAUUUACCCACCAUAAUGCCAUCCUAGCUGACUUAUAUGACUUACUUUCCUCAGACAAACACAGUUAUAUUAAAUAUGCAAUACAUGGCACUGAAUAUUGGCUUCCAUCAUCAGAAAAAAAAUUCAUAUGACUCUGGUGGGGCUUUUGAUACGAUAUGAUACGACACACACACGUCGCCAUUGUGAAGGGGGUCGCACACCGGAUAAGAAGCGCUGCAUCGCAUCGUGUGUAGGACAACUCGCAGGUAUCGCACACCGGAUGUGCACAUUAAAUAGCGCAAGCUUAGUCAGAUAGCGUCCACUUCAAGGUGUAAUAUAAAAAUAUGCAUUAGCAGCCUAUGUUAAUCGUUAACAAUUUGGGACAAAUCUGAUGUUAUUUAAUGCUAAACUAUGUGAGUGGCGCAGCAGGGAUUUGAGCAGCGGACAGACGCCGCCUGUGUGGGUACAUUCAUAGAAAAUAAUGUGUGAUUUUUUUUUUAGAUACAUGGCGCUUUUCGUCCGGUGUGCAACCCCCUUAAGUCUACAAGUUCACAUGCAGAUGAGACAUGCAUUAGCAAGAACAAUGAUUGUUUUAUAUACUUGACGUGGAGCUGGCGUUUUUUCGAUCUAGAUGUAUUUACUGUCAAAUGCAAUGUAUCAAAGACUGAAAAAAGGAACCCGUAUACACCUAGGAUGGCAUUAAAAUGAUAUUAAAUGAUAAAAAUAUUUUUAUUUUUGGGUGAACUAUUCCUUUAAGCCCCAGAACAACAAACAAGUGCAAUAAACUUACUAUGAAUUUUGGUACGGAAAGCUGUCCCACAGCUUCAGAGGACAUGGAGUUUUUGACUUAUCCAUUUAUUUUUAAUAUAUAGAAAUGAAGCGAGUACAUCAUUGUACUGAACGUUUUCAUUCAAAAUCAAAGUUUCACAUUUAUUUGUAUAGCGUAUUUCAAAAUACAUAUAGAACUGGAUACUUUUGUGCAACAUAAAUAUUUAAAGCAAUCAGCUCAAAACAUGAGAAGAAAACAUAGGACAUGAAUACUUCAGGGACCAAGAACCGCAGAUUUCUCCUGCAUCUUUUACUUUUCGCCCUGUUUGUGCAUGAAGAUUCAUUUCAAAUUUAUAUCAAGAUUAUUUAUUAUAAAGAUAUGAAGAGCAAAACAAGAGACUUUUGCCUUUCAGGGUUUAAACUUAACGUUUAUUCAUCAUGAGGAAUCAUAACGUUCAUCCUGUUGUACCUCUAGGUGUGUGCGUGUGUGUGAAUCUGUGCAUGUGUGGUUAUUUUAUAAGAAUUUAAACGCAAUGAAACGGUGGCAUGAUGUACUUUUGGUACAUUAUUAAAAUUAUUAAUAAAUAAUUGUUGCCUUAA